AAAAAAAAAAGAAGCAGGGAGAUCUGUCGAAAACAGAAAAAAAAAAGAAUUUUAAUAUAUUUUCCCACGCUUCCAACGAAGAAAAACAGCUCUCCUUCCUUCUUUCUCCGAUCUGAUCGGUCCUCCCGCCUCCUUUCAUUAUUUUGUUUCAAUUUAUUUCAUUUCAUUUUAGGGUUUUCUUUUUAAUAUCAAAAAUUUUCAAAUUCACCCUACCGUUACUAAUUCUUUCCUAUAUUUCUCGCUCAUUUAUCGACUCUCGUGUCUAUUGAUCUGCUUCGAAUCUCAAUUCUUGGGGGAUUUUCUUUGUGGAAUCUUUGUCGGUGAACUCGAUAAUUUCUUAAUCUUAAUUUUUGUUGUUUUUGAUUGGCAUUCCUUUUGUGAAUUAAUGGGGGUAAGAAUUGGGAGUUAGAAUCGUUAGAUUGACGAGAUUUUGACGGGGUUUUUGGGAAAUGGCGUCCGCUCAGGUCUUGCCUAGUUCGCGGAAACAAGAGCAUUUAGAAGCUGGGAAGCGUAGGCUUGAGGAAUUUCGUAAGAAAAAAGCAGCUGAGAGAGCCAAGAAGGCAGCAUCUACCACCCAAACUCAGGCUUCAGACAUUAGCUUAAAUGAUAAACAUCAAUUAGAAACUGAAAAUGUGCGAAUCACUGACUCAAAUGGUGCUGGUACAUCUGAUGGACCUGAUCCCUCUUCCGUAAAUAUAAUUAACAAUAACAACAACAACAACAAAACAACUGAAGUUUCCCUUGAAAGUCAGCGAGCUUACUCAAAUGAUACACUUGCUAUCCCAUCUUUUUUAGCAAAUGAUUAUAAUUCGUCGUCUACAGAAGUGCACAUGCAUGCAAAUAGUCAAGAAAAUGAGAAAUAUGGUGCUUCAUGGAAUGGUGGGCCGUUGUUUAAUAAUAGCGUACAGAUAAAACAUAUGAGUAAUGACUUUCAAGAACCCAAGUCAAAAGAAGAUGAUGGUUCAAUGAAGUUUUCUACAGUUGUAAAUCGUAAUUCUUCUGAAGAUUCUGUUACUAAAAUAUCUCCACAAAGUUCACUGCAAAGUAAGGCCAGUGAAGGCAGCUUGCUUGACUCUACUGAAUCUACCUCGGGUGCAACAAAGUCUGUCCCUGAAGUUGGGCAGAACUUUCAAGGCAGUGCAGAAUUUAGAGAACCUAUGAUUUAUGAUUUUGGGGAAAGAAAAUUUAGCAGUUCAGCCAGUGGUUUUCCGAAUGUGCAUGCUCCAACCAUGCAAACAUCUGGAUCUUCAGUGUUUACUUUUGAUGCCAGAAGUUCCUCUAGUCACAUGCCACUGCAUUCAGUCACAAAUGAUUCUAGUUCUAGGAGAUCUCGUCCAUCUUUCCUUGAUUCUCUUAAUGUAUCCAGAGCUUCUUCCGGUUCUCAUUUUCAACAUAAUGAACCUACAAAGAGUGCAAUUGCUUCCCAUAGUUCACAACUUAGCAGCAUCAGUGCCCUAGGAUCAUCCCCUUUUGAGAAACCAUCAACCGAAGGUGAAACUAUGGGAACUUUCUCCAAGCUAGGAUAUCCCGAUUUUCCUGGUGCCAAUGAGUAUUCUGGUAAUUUUUCAGUUCCUGCCAGUAAUAAUGGUGACCUCUUGCGACUUAAUGUUACUAAUGUGAAUACCUUGGAUAAGAAGCAUGAGUUCUACUCAACCAAACAGAAUGAGGACUUUGCUGCUUUGGAACAGCAUAUUGAAGAUUUGACUCAGGAAAAGUUUUCACUGCAACGAGCUCUUGAGGCCUCACGUACAUUAGCCGAAUCUUUGGCUGCUGAAAAUUCAUCCUUGACAGAUAGUUAUAAUCAACAGAGAAGUGUUGUCAACCAGCUUAAAUCUGACAUGGAGAAGUUACAGGAAGAAAUCAAGGCCCAACUGGCGGAACUUGACUCCUUUAAAAUGGAAUAUGCAAAUGCACGACUGGAAUGCAAUGCUGCUGAUGAACGUGCCAAUAUAUUGGCUUCUGAAGUCAUUGGUUUGGAAGAGAAGGCACUUAGAUUAAGGUCAAAUGAGCUAAAAUUGGAGAGGCAAUUGGAGAACUCACAGGCUGAAAUCUCUUCUUUCAAAAAGAAACUGUCAAGCCUAGAGAAAGAGCGUCAGGAUUUUCAGUCAACUAUUGAAGCUCUUCAAGAAGAGAAGAAGGUACUGCAGUCUAAGCUACGUAAAGCGUCUGCGAGUGGAAAGUCUAUAGAUGUUAUUAAGACUCCUGCUAGUAAGAAGGACAUGUCAACUUCAACAGAAGAUCUUGGUAAUGCAAGCACGGACACUGCUUCUGAUGACAGGGAAAUGAAUAACACUAAUGAUGCCUCUAGUUUGAGCUUGCUGCUUGAAGAUGGACAAUUUGAAGCUUCUUCUGUUUAUAUACCUCCUGAUCAAAUUAGAAUGAUUGAAAACAUCAAUUCUCUAAUUUCUGAGUUGACAUUGGAGAAAGAAGAACUGACACAAGCUUUGUCAUCUGAGUUAUCUCAAAGUUCAAAGCUGAAGGAGUUGAACAUGGAGUUGUCGAGGAAACUUGAAGCUCAAACUCAAAGAUUAGAGCUUCUGACAGCCCAAAAUAUGGCAAGUGAGCAUAUGCCAGCUAGACAACCUGAGUUUCGAAUAAUGCAUGAUAAUACUCCAUAUGCUGAUGAGGGUGAUGAGGUGGUGGAAAGAGUAUUAGGGUGGAUUAUGAAGCUCUUUCCUGGUGGGCCAGCAAGACGAAGAACCAACAAGCGUCUUUCAUACUGAAUCCAGAUAUGUUGUCAAGCGAGGUCUAUACUUGCAUCGGCCUUUUUCGGGUUUGCCUUCCCUUGUUUUGGUGAUGAGAGGGAGGUCGUGAUUUGUAUAUUUUGAGUCAAAUUAUACAACCCAUUCUUUAUAAUAGAAGGAAAAUGAGUUUAUCUCGAAUCAAAUUAGCAUUGAUUGGCAAUAAUCUAAUUGUCAAUUAUUUGAGAGAAGACAAUAAUGCGUUAGAAAUUUAAACAGUUGAUUUUGUUGUCUUGACGGUGUUAAGGCCAAGGCUUCUUCAAGCCUUGGAUGCAUCUGGCCAUAAGGAAAGGCCUUCGAUGCAAUAUCCAUCUAUGUAUACGGUUUGGACCAUGUCCUCAUUAAAAGUUUCAUUCCAAAAAUUGGUGUUACUGUUCUUGUUUUUAAGUGUUUAUCUGAUUAUUAUAAUUUUUUUAAUAAA